AUGAUCUCGAGGCUGACGACGGGGCUGAGGGCGCAUGAGAAGGAGGAGAGGAAGAGGGUGGCAGCGACGCAGCUGCAUCUGACAGAGGAAGUUGAGCAGAUGCUUCAUUUGGUCAUGGGAGGACCGACAGACGACACAACGAAGGCGCUACUACUCGACAGGGAGGAGCAGUUGGAAGCCUAUCGGGAGAACGAGCGGGAAAGGCUGAAGGUCUUUGCGGGGCUCACGGAAGAACUGCAGGGAGAGAUCCCGUUGCAUUUCCUGUCAGCUAAGGUCAAGAUGAGGAAGGAACGCACGGUAAUUGAGGAAGUGCGAUUCAAAGGGGAAAGAUGCAGAGGACCGCAAGCGGUGCUCAAGGCAGCUUCGGCUCACUUCGCGGAAGCCUUCAAUGAUGGUCAAUCCGGGCUGAGAGACUUCAAGGCGACGGGCGACGGGAACACUGCCAGAGUCGCUGACUACAGUGGUAACGGUCCUGCUGCACAAGAAGGGAGAGAAAGACGUUUUAACCAACUACAGCCCGAUAACGCUACUUACGACGGUUUACAAGGUACUGGCGAAGGUGCUGGCGAACAGGCUGAAGCAAGAGCUGCAUCAUAUAAUCUUGAAGGAACAACACGGGUUCAUACCGGGACGCAGUAUGCGGUGGCGCUGGUAGCAGACGCGAUUGAAGCGGCGGAUAAUGAUGGGGAGGACUGGUACCUCCUGUUGGUGGAUUUCCAGAAGGCGUAUGAUACAGUAUCGCGGUCUUUCCUCUUCAAGACGCUGGAGAAACUCGGUCUGCCGGGGCAGUUUGUCAAAUGGACGGAGGGCCUGCACAAGGGUUCGGAGACCAGAUUGGCAAUAAACGGCUGGUUAGGCAAACGAGUGGAGAUGCAGAGGGGGGUGAGACAGGGAUGCCCUUUAGCGCCUUACCUUUUCCUGUGUGCUCUGGAGCCGCUAUGUGCAGAAAUCAGGUCAAGAGGUCUGGGGGUCAAGGCGGAAGGCGGGGAGGCUGUGUCAUACGUAGGGUACGCGGGUGACACCUCCCUAAUCCUGAAAAGGGAAGAUCAGCUGCAUGCCGCGGCAGGGGCUCUUGAUUGGUUCGGGGAGAUGUCGGGGUUACACAUCAACCGAGACAAAUCAAUCGUCAUGCCGCUGGGAAUGAAUAAAGGCAUAACGACAUUACCGGGGGUGACGUUCAAAUGGGCGGAGACAGGGGUCCUAGAACGGCUACUGGGGGUCUGGGUGACGCCGAAUGGAGAAGCAGCCCCCUCCUGGGAGAAGGCAUGGGAAAAGGGGAAGAAGGAGUUAGCGAAGUGGGAAAGCCAUCAUCUGCUGACAGCUGCAAGAGUGACGAUUAUCAACAACUACAUUAUGCCGAUUCUUCUGUUUCAAGCGCAGAUCUACCCGCCGCCGGAGGAGCUGUGGGAGAAAAUCCGGAAGAUGUGUGACAACUAUGUAUCAAAAGGGGAAGCCACGGGGGAGAAGAUCUUCGUACUGUGGAGCGGAGAGCUGGCUCGUCUGCCAAAGAAGGAAGGUGGACUGGGGUUAGUCGACCCGAAGGAAGAGAUUGAUAGCCUGGCUAUGCGGCAAGUGGGGAAGUUUCUUACGGAGCAAAAUGUUACCAAGUUGUGGUUGUCGGAGAAGGCGGCGGCACUUCCGCAGAGGGUGGCGACAUUUUUCGCCCACAAGACUGCUGGCAGACAUUGGGAAAAAGGUAGCAAAAGGUGGAAGGCGAUAGCAGAAGUUUUCUGGGAGUCCCCGUUUGCAGACCUUCCGGCGCUAUCGAAUGGGUGGGAAGCCGAGCGCGAGCUGCUAUGUUUCAACCGAAGAAUCAUGUUCAGGGGGGGGGAGCCUGUUCGGGAACCGCUCGGGGGCAGCAGGAAUCCGGACAACCAGACUGGGGGACCUGCUUAUCACCAGGGGAGAUGGUAG